UCAAAAACAAAAAUUAAAAAAAAAAUUAUAAUUCCAAAAUGGUCCUCUCUCUCAUCCCUCUCUCUCUCCUCCUCCUCCUCCUCGCCUACAACCUCUACAACCGCCUCCGCUUCAAGCUUCCACCGGGGCCACGCCCGCUUCCGGUGGUCGGAAACCUGUACGACGUGAAGCCGGUUCGGUUCCGAUGCUACGCGGACUGGGCGAAGCAGUACGGUCCAAUCAUAUCGGUGUGGUUCGGGUCGACGCUGAACGUGGUGGUGUCGAACACGGAGCUAGCGAGGGCGGUGCUGAAGGAGCACGACCAGAGCCUGGCGGACCGGCACCGGACUCGGUCGGCGGCGAAAUUCAGCCGCGACGGAAAGGACCUGAUUUGGGCGGACUAUGGGCCCCACUAUGUGAAGGUGAGGAAAGUGUGUACCAUUGAACUGUUCUCCCCUAAGCGACUUGAAUCUCUGAGGCCGAUUAGAGAAGAUGAAGUUUCCGCCAUGGUUGAAGACAUCUUCAAGCUCUGCACCAGUCCUGAGAAGUCAGGCAAGAGUGUGAAGGUGAGGGAGUUUCUGGGAGCGGUUUCAUUCAACAACAUCACCAGACUCGCAUUCGGGAAGAGGUUCGUCAACUCCGAUGGCGUUAUGGACGAGCAGGGCCUCGAAUUCAAGGCCAUUGUCGCCAAUGGCCUCAAGCUCGGCGCCUCCCUGGCCAUGGCUGAGCACAUCCCUUGGCUUCGCUGGAUGUUCCCUCUCGAAGAAGAAGCCUUCGCCAAGCAUGGUGCCCGUCGCGACCGCCUCACUCGCGCCAUCAUGGAAGAGCACACCAAAGCUCGCAACCAGAGCGGCAAUGUCAAGAACCACUUCGUUGAUGCUCUACUUACUCUCCAAGAUAAGUAUGAUCUCAGUGAAGACACUAUCAUCGGCCUCCUUUGGGAUAUGAUCACUGCCGGCAUGGACACGACGGCGAUUUCGGUGGAAUGGGCGAUGGCGGAGAUCGUAAGGAACCCUAGAGUGCAGAAGAAGGUUCAGGAGGAACUAGACAAUGCGGUUGGAGUAGAUCGGAUUAUGACAGAGAACGACUUCUCGAACCUUCCGUAUCUCCAAUGCGUCGUAAAGGAGGCGAUGAGAUUACAUCCACCAACGCCAUUGAUGCUGCCACAUCGAUCAAACGCCAAUGUGAAGAUCGGCGGCUACGACAUCCCCAAAGGCUCGAACGUGCACGUGAAUGUGUGGGCAGUGGCACGUGACCCGGCGGUGUGGAAGAACGCAGAGGAAUUCCGGCCAGAGAGGUUCUUAGAAGAGGAUGUGGACAUGAAAGGGCACGAUCUCCGGCUGCUGCCAUUUGGGGCAGGGCGGAGGGUAUGCCCAGGGGCUCAAUUGGGAAUCAAUUUGGUGACAUCAAUGUUGGGGCACCUUCUGCACCACUUCGAAUGGACACCGUCGCCGGGGAUGAAGGCGGAGGAGAUCGACAUGUCAGAGAGCCCUGGAUUGGUGUCGUACAUGAAGACGCCAGUGCAGGCUGUGGCCACUCCCAGGCUGCCUUCGGGGCUGUACAAACGCGUGCCUGUGGACAUGUAAGAUGUGUUUGUUUUUGUUUGGUUGUUGAUGUUCCUCGGCGUUUAGAUUUGUUUUGUAUUAUGAAAAAGGGUUUCUUCCCGUGAUACUGAGGUUGAAGAAGGUUUCUGUUUUCAUGGAAACUCCUUCUUUCUGUAAAAUCUGAAGCGAAAUCAAACCUUGACGACAACAGAACAGAUGUUUCAAUUCAAUCACUCAAUUUUCUAUCUUC